UUAAACCUGAUGGUGGCUGUCAUUGUUCAUGUGAAUGUAAAAACUGCCAGAACUCGGUUAUAGCUAGUGAUGAAACGUGUUACUGUCCGAAUGAUAUCUGCCCGGUGUGUGACUCUGCCUACGAGCCCGUGUGGGAAGACUGUCGCUGUGUUUGCCGUGAGAAGACCCAGUGUGGACUGUACCCUGCCUGUGUACGAGGUCGACGUGGAGAGCAGUGUGACCAGCCGGACUGUGAGCCAUGCAGUUUACAGACGGACAACGGGUUGCAAGAAUGUUUUGGCAAUGGUGAUUGCACCCCUCAGUCGUACUUCUGUAGCUCCAGGUGUGUGUGUUCCCAAUUCUGGACCGGCAUCUGUUGUAAUGUCAGAAUACCAAGAAACAUGGGAGGUGAUCCUCACUUACAAACAGCAGAUGGUAUUUCCUAUGAUUACCAUGGUAUCGGGGAGUUCUGGGAUUGUAUGAGUACAGCUAACGACUUUGGCGUACAAGUCAG